AUGUACACUUCCGUUUCAGACGAGUUGGAACUUCAUCACAACUCCACUCUUCACAGGUCGAAACGAUCCGUAGCACAUCUACUGGCCAUAUUCAAAUGCGUAUUGCAUCGCAGUGCAUUGGAUUACAACAAAUAUGGGUGCUGGUGCGGUUAUUCAGGCAGCGGACCAGUGAUGGACGGCAUCGAUAAUUGCUGCAAGCACCAUGAUCUAUGUUAUGAGGCGUUGAUAAACAAGGGAUGCUCGCCGCACGUGCAAUACUACAAAUCAGCAUGCUUAAACGGCGCGGUCAGAUGUUACACCUACGGGAAAUGCGACGGUGGCGCUUGUGUGUGUGAUUCAAACCUGGUUCAAUGCCUGAAGAAGCAAGGUGCGCCGUAUCCAAAAAAAAGAUGCAUCAAAUGACA